AUGACAACAAUUUUUUAUGAUUAUGAUGGAGAAAUGUUUCAUUGCUUAACAACCAAAUGUCUUAAAUUUCAUUCACGUUAUUCGUUGCAUUAUGAAAAUAAUUCUGUAAUGUGUCAUACUCCUUGGUGUCGUACUCCGUUGGUAAAAGAACAAACAGCGGAGAGCGACGGGCUCGAAUCGAACAUAAACGAAGCGAACGAUAGAGAGCUAAUUUCAACAUUACCCUUAAAGGAUAAGAAAAUUUGA